AUGUCUGCAACUGUAGUACUCAGCGCACGACUGGCAGAAGAAAAAUUGGAAGCUUUUCUCAAAGAAGUCCAAGAAAUGGAUCUUACGCUUUUGGAGCAAAUGUUAACCGAGAAGAAACCUGGAGAUGCCUUAUUGGCUGUUAGAGGUUAUGAUAUAACCUCAGAAAAUUACGAUGUGAUACGAAAAGUCCUUAUUGAAAAAUUUGGGCAAUCACAUAUCAUUAAAAAGUCGCUCUACAAUGAGUCAUAUUCCGUCAAGAAGAAUGAUCGACAAUGGAAGAUAACAGUUGAAGCUACUGAAAGAGUACUUCGACAACUUGAAGCAAUGGGUGAAAAUCUCGAACAAUCCAAACGAAGAAUACAACGACUGAAAGAAAACAACGCUUGUCUAAAUUGUCUUCAACCAGGACAUACGACAAUCAAUUGCAAAACAAGAAAGCAUGUAUGUUUUUAUUGCAAAGGUCACCAUAAUACUACAUUAUGCUGCACUAAGCAUAACGAUCAAGCACAAUCAGUAGAGCCAAUCGAAGAAGAUCGAAAAACGACAAAGGAAUUAAUUCAAUAA